AUGGAAGAGGAUAAGCCACCAUCUGUACUGCCUGGGGAAGGUGGUGCCGCCUGGGACGCCAGCCUGGAGCCCGAGGAGGCACCCGAGGUCCAGAAUGGAAUGGGAGCCAGUGAGGACCUGAAUAGUAGUGACAACAGCCCAGGACAUGAGAUAAGGCAUGCCCUGGUGGACACUGAGGAGCCCACAAAGGGCCCAGACAUGGCCCUCCAUGGCCUCAGCCUUGGCCUCUCCCUUACCAAUGGCCUAGCCCUGGGGCCAGAGUCGAACAUUCUGGAAGAUUCUACAGAGUCCAGGCCCUGGAGGGCUGGUGGGCUGGUGGAGGGUGAGGAUGCCUCCAGGAGCCUCUGUCAAGACACUGAGGACCCUCAGCUGGGGCUGGGUGGCCCCGGAGAGCCAGAUGUGCGGGAUGGCUUCAGCGCCACUUUUGAGAAGAUUGUGGAGUCAGAGCUACUGCGGGGCACCCAGUACAGCAGCCUUGACUCCCUCGAUGUGCUGAGCCUCACAGACGAGAGUGACAGCUGCGUCAGCUUCGAGGCACCCCUCACACCCCUCAUCCAGCAGAGGGCCCGUGAUAGCCCUGAGCCAGGGGCUGGUUUGGGCAUUGGGGACAUGGGGCCUGAGGCGGACAUGGGAGCAGCUGGUGGUGAUGGGGAGCUGGGCAGCCCCCUGCGGCGCUCCAUCUCCUGCAGUCGCUCAGAGAACGUCCUGAGCCGCCUGUCUCUCACGGCCGUGCCCAAUGGCUUCCAUGAAGAUGGACCCCAGGGCCCAGAUGGGGAUGAGGAUGAAGAGGAGGAGGACACAGACAAGUUGCUGAACUCAGCCAGCGACCCGAGCCUAAAGGAUGGCCUGUCGGACUCUGACUCAGAGCUGAGCAGCUCGGAGGGGCUGGAGCCUGGGGGCACAGACCCGCUGGCCAAUGGGUGCCAGGGGGUUAGUGAAGCUGCUCGCCGGCUGGCACGCCGCCUCUACCACCUCGAGGGCUUCCAGCGCUGUGAUGUCGCCCGGCAGUUGGGCAAGAACAAUGAGUUCAGCAGGCUGGUGGCCGGGGAGUACCUCAGCUUCUUUGACUUCUCAGGCCUAACUCUGGACCGAGCACUCAGAACCUUCCUGAAGGCCUUCCCGCUGAUGGGGGAGACACAGGAGCGCGAGCGUGUUCUUACGCACUUCUCCCGCCGGUACUGCCAGUGCAACCCUGAUGACAGCACCUCAGAAGACGGAAUCCACACCCUCACCUGUGCGCUGAUGCUGCUCAACACGGACCUGCACGGACACAACAUUGGCAAGAAGAUGUCCUGCCAGCAAUUCAUUGCCAACUUGGACCAGUUGAAUGAUGGCCAAGACUUUGCCAAAGACCUGCUGAAGACCCUUUACAACUCCAUCAAGAAUGAAAAGCUGGAAUGGGCCAUUGAUGAGGACGAACUGAGGAAAUCACUGUCUGAGCUGGUGGAUGACAAGUUUGGGACAGGCACAAAGAAGGUGACACGGAUCGUGGAUGGUGGCAACCCCUUCCUGGAUGUCCCGCAGGCUCUGAGUGCCACUACCUAUAAGCAUGGUGUGCUGACCCGGAAGACUCACGCCGACAUGGAUGGCAAGAGGACACCCCGUGGGAGGCGUGGCUGGAAAAAAUUCUACGCGGUGCUCAAAGGGACCAUCCUGUACCUGCAGAAGGAUGAGUACAGGCCUGACAAAGCUCUGUCCGAGGGUGACUUGAAGAAUGCCAUUCGUGUGCACCAUGCUCUGGCCACCAGGGCCUCUGACUACAGCAAGAAGUCCAAUGUGCUCAAGCUGAAGACGGCCGACUGGAGGGUCUUCCUGUUCCAGGCACCGAGCAAGGAAGAAAUGCUAUCCUGGAUCCUUAGGAUCAACCUGGUGGCUGCCAUCUUCUCGGCCCCAGCCUUCCCAGCUGCUGUCAGCUCCAUGAAGAAGUUCUGUCGGCCCCUGCUGCCCUCUUGUACCACUCGCCUCUGCCAGGAGGAGCAGCUGCGUUCUCAUGAGAAUAAGUUGAGGCAGGUGACUGCAGAGCUGGCUGAGCACCGGUGUCACCCAGUCGAGAGGGGCAGCAAGUCCAAGGAGGCUGAGGAGAACCGGCUGAAGGAACACUAUCUCACUUUUGAGAAAAGCCGUUAUGAGACCUAUAUCCACCUCCUGGCUAUGAAAAUCAAAGUGGGCUCAGAUGACCUGGAACGAAUUGAGGCCCGGCUGGCUACCCUGGAAGGGGAUGACCCUUCUCUCCGGAAGACACACUCAAGCCCUGCCCUCAGCCAGGGCCAUGGAACUGUGACUGGCAGCAAAGCCACGAAGGAUACCACUGGGCCUGAUACUUAGCUGGUGUAGAUGGGCAGGCCCUGAGGCAGACAAAUGCCCCCAGAGGGGUCAGUGAGCACAAUUCCAGCCAGGGGCCACUUGGACCACCUCCAGGCAGUUGAUGGGCAGCCAGAAGGGUGCAGAGAUCCCUGUAGGCCAAGGAGAUGGAGAUGCUAUUCAUGGCAUUUGUCUUCUUGCAUCCUGGGGCUUCUCUGGGCCUCAGACCCUCUCCGUAGCCCUCACAUCCCUCUCCAGCACGGAGCCUCAUUUUGUAGGCCAGCUGUGUGCAUGCUCUAGAUGCCAUCUCACUGGAGAAGUAGGAAGAGUGGUUGGCUUCCUAAGCCCUCUUGUUCUCACACAUUCCUCCCCUCAUCUCCCUUGUUGCUGAGGGCAGGUCUUGACUCCAGGUCUCAGCUUGGACCCCCACCCUUUCUUCUCCUCCUUCCUCUGAGUUGACCAGCAGCAGGUCUGCAGACCACCAGCACCAUCCUCUCCUCCCUCCACCCAGCAGCCUCUGGAACCACAUCCCGUUCUCCUGCCUCACAUCGCAAUAAUCCAGGACCUGGGCCUGCGCCCUCACUGCCAAGCUGUCUCCACUCACUUGUGCGUCCACCUCACCUUCCAUCCAUUAAGGCCACUACUGCUUUCUUUUAUACGGACAUAAAUGUAUAUAUAUAAGAAUUAUAUAUAAACAAGGAACCUCUUUAAAGAUGGUUUGGAACUGAUAUCAGUUAGAGGAUGAAAUAAGAUGAAGGAAAAACCUAUUUCAGAACUCCACCUGUUAGUGAGGAGGGCUGCUAUCUGGCACCCUGACACACUGGGAGGGAAGGUGGAGAUAGUGCUGACCUCCUCUCACCCCAUUUCUUCUCUCUUCCGGCUGACCUGUGACUUACACUGCUCUUACAGUUGAUGUUUUGGAAUAAAUAGUGCGUAUGUGUGCCACUC